CGGAUGGGGAACGCUUUCUGUAUUGUGCAUCAGUUUGUUGUCUUUGCUUGGAGCGGCCACUAUCCCGAUGUUGAAUAGCACAACAUACCAAAACUUGAUUCAAGUGUUCAUAGCUCUGGCUAUUGGCACGAUGUCCGGUGAUGCGUUUCUACAUCUCAUGCCAGAGGCACUUGGACUACAUGACCACGAAGAAGGCGGUUCGACAGAAUCUAGCAUUGAUGUUCUGUGGAAGAAUCUUACUGUCGUGAUGUCUUUGUAUGUCUUCUUUCUGUUUGAGAAACUCACCUCCAGCUUGUUCGGUGGACAUAGCCACAGCCACAGUCAUGGGGAACACGAUAAAGUUGAGGUACGUCUACUUAUU